CUUUCCUUAUAACCAGUGGUAUCGCACUUACUGAGAGGAAAUAUGUUACAACCUGUCGUUAAAAUUGAGGAGGGUAAAUUAAGAGGUUUAAGCCAAAAGAACUUGGACGGUGAAGAAUUUUAUUCGUUUCUAGGAGUGCCUUACGCAGAACCACCAAUCGGUGAAUUAAGAUUCAAGAAUGCUUUACCUAUUAAACCUUGGAAAGGAGUAAAAGAUGCUACCGAAGAAGGUCCUGUUUCGUUGCAAGCCGGUUGCCUUCCUGACGAAAUCAAGGGUUCAGAGGACUGUUUAACUCUCAACGUAUUCACAAAGAAGCUAUCUGAGGAUGGGUGUCAUAUGUUACCAGUUAUGGUGUGGAUCCAUUCAGGGGGCUUCAAAGUGGGUUCUAAAAAUAAAGUUGAACAUGGACCAGAACAUUUAAUGCUUGAAGACGUAGUAUUAGUGUGUAUAAAUUACCGUUUAGGAAUAUUGGGAUUCCUAAACAUUGUUGAUACUUCUUUGGGCAUACCAAGUAAUGUUGGCGUGAAAGACCAAAUUGAAGCUUUACGGUGGGUUCGGCGAAAUAUAAAAUAUUUCGGAGGAAAUUCCAAGAAUGUUACUCUAUUUGGAAACAGCGCAGGAGGGAGCUCAGUGGAACUACUACUACACUCCCCUUUGGCCGAUGGGCUAUUCCACAGGGCUAUAAUGCAAAGCGGAUCCAUGCUGAAUCCUUGGGUCUUCGGUAAUUGUCGUGUUUUAGAUUUUAUGAAGUUUAUAGGAAAGAGCUGUAGUACGGAAAAAGAAGCUGUGGACAUUUUAAUGACAAUGCCAGGUCAAGAAUUGUGUAAACAUCAAAUUAACUUUUGCAAGUUAUCAGGAAAACCUUUUGGUCUAGAGGUCCUUGGUAUAGUAGUCGAACCCCCACACGACGGAGCUCUAAUAACUAAGCCUGUUCUAGAGCUAAUAAAAAGUACUAAUUGCAAUAAAGUACCAAUAAUGCUUGGCUUUGCGGUGGAUGAAGGAUUAGUCUUUAAGUGUUGUAAUUUGUUCGAGACUGUUGUUAAAAAAAUCGACAAGCAAACAAGAUUUAUUUGAAAUGUUUCUACCUUCGUAUAUCAAAGAGUCUAAACUUAAAGAAGAUGUUUGUACGAAGUUAAUCGAUUAUUACUUUAAGGAUGAAAACGAAUACAAUACAUAUAAGUUUGCCGGAGAUAUCUAUUUUAUUAUGGGAAUUUUGGCGUCUGCUAAGCAUUAUAUAAAGAAGAAAGGCAACCCUGUUUAUUUGUAUAAAUUAUCUCUUGAUGCGGGAUUAAAUGCGUGUAAAAUUGCAAGUAAAAUUGAAAUUCCGGGUACAUGCCACGGUGACGAAUUAGGAUACUUAUUCAAACAAGAUGUGUCCAAUUUAAUAAUGGGUGAUUUAGAACAAGCGGUAUUAAGAAAAAUGGUAAAACUAUGGACAAAUUUUGCCAAAUACGGCAAUCCAACUCCAUUUAAAGAAGAAUUAAAUCUAGAAUGGACCCCUUCCAAUAUCAAUUUAUCCUAUUUAGACAUCGGAGAGAAGUUUGUGAUGGAGUCAGACAUUCAAGAACCUAUAGAUUUGUGGAAAGAUAUAUAUGUGACUCUCUUCCAAGAUUAAUUGUUUUGUUUUAAAUAAAUCCCAAUCAAUAAAACUUGAUACUCUUUAGCUUUAUUUGGUAUUGAGGCAUAUAUUUAUAAACUCCAAUUAUGUAUGCAAUAUUUUAAUUC